GACGUCAUAACAUUGUAAAUAUUUGGAAAUAUUAUCAACUUAUCAGGUGUUUUCUCCUCAUAUUCGGUUAGACAACAGACACUUCUGGUUGUGUAAACCUAAAUCUAUGUUUACCUAGCUCAGCAUUGACAAUAUAUAAGGCAGUGCUUUCCACAAAAAUUAACUCAUUCUAAAUUCUGGUGUAAUUAUGAAAUUCGUUACUUGUCUUUGUCUCAUACUAUGUGCGACGCAGUUUGCGUUGGCCGAUGAUUCGUGCACCUCCAUAAUAGAUCCCGCGCUUCAUUAUUAUAGGGGUAUUCAAAUUGGAAUGACCCCCUGGAUAAAACGUAUUCCCCCCCAUUCAGAACCAAAGGGGAUAUAUUUCGAUAGACUAGAUAUUCUACAAGAAAUAAAGAACGACACUGAAAUAUAUGUCCAGAGUCAAAUGCAAUAUUUCCACAGGCCUAAUUUGACAAAGAUAUUUGGUACAUGGAUGCCAUUGUACAACGAGACGGCUUCCUUUUGUGAACCAGCCGAUCCUUGUAGCUUCUUAUACAUGUUACGAAAGUUAUUUCACAUUUCCGGGGAAUGUCCUAUAAGUACGGGACCCGGACCUGAUAUACCUACUUUACUAAUACAGAAAUCGUGCAUGCAGUUGAAAGUAGACACGGCAGCGCCGAUGCUGAGGACAGUGUUCACUGUGUGGGAAAACCGUUCAUCAACAGCAAAGAAAUUGAUGUAUGGUGAGGUGUACAUUAAGAAUGGACCGAAUAAAACUAGAACGUGCGAGGAGUAAAAAAUUAUUAUUUAAUAAAUGAAUUUAACUAAUAUGUUGUAGCUUGUAAAAUUAUUAAACAUCAAGUUUUUUGAUAUUAUUAUUAGUAUUACUAUUAUUAGUAUCACUUAGACAGCUAUAAAUAACUCGAUUUUUCUGCAGGAAUACUAGAGAUUUCCUUCUACUUCACCUUCUACACUUCCUCUUCAAUUCUCUAUUUCUUGUUGAAAUGGCACUGAAAAAUUAUAAUAAUUAUAAUAUUGAAAAUUCAGAUGAAAUUUCAGUGAAUCGUAAAAAGUUAAGUGAUUGCCGAUCUCUUCUCAUGUUUCAUGUUCUUUGUAAAUUUCUGGGGAAUCAUGGAUCAGAAUAAAGUGAACGAAUAUUCAAUUUUUA